AAUAUAUACAAACUAGAGUAAAUGUGCCAAAGACAAUGUGAUUCUAUUCAUGUGUUUUAGAUAUCCUGCGAAUCAAAAGAUACCGUAAAGUUGUAAACUACAGGCUUGACACUGACCUAGGUUCCCCUUCUCCAAGCGGCUAGGAGGAUGGAUCCCCUCCAUCCUCCGGUCUACGGUCUACCAGGUCUCCUGCUCUUCUCAUCUCAUCCCCUGCUCGAUCACUUCUUCUUCCCCCAAACGAAAUCAAACCAAGCCCCGUUUCCAAAAUCGAUCAAAGAUUCAAAGUCAUCCCCUUGCUUUCCUUCGUUGAUCGAUCGAUUAUAUGCAGUGCGCGGUGGGGCACGCGAUCUGCUCGAGCUGCCAUGGCAGCCUGCCGAGCAAGGACAGGUGCCACGCGUGCUCCGCCGGCGGCGGCUCCAACCGCUGCAACGCUCUAGAGAAGAUCCUGGAGUCGUUCCGUGUCCCCUGCCCCAACGCCGCCUUCGGCUGCGCCGCCGCGACUAGCUACCACGAAGCAGAGAACCACCGGGGGUCGUGCCCGCACGCGCCCUGCUUCUGCCCGGAGCCCGGCUGCGAAGCCUUCGCUGGUGACCACGGUUGGCCGUCCACGGAGAUGACGAUGUACGGCGGCGGCGAGCGAUUGACCCUGCCGGUGCCGGAAGGGACGACGACGACGCGGGUGCUCCACCACGGAGGCGGCGGCGAAGGCAGGCCCCUGUUCCUCGUGAGGUUCACGACGGCGCCGCAGUUCGGCACCGUCGUGCCCGUCGUCUGCGUCGACCCUCAUGCCGUGCCCGGUGAGCGCAAGUUCAGGUGCCAUCUCGUCUCCGGCUUCCCUGCCAUGGCCUGGCAUCAGGUUUCGGAUUUCCAGGUCAGGAGCACCAACCUCUCCGGCGGGAUGCCGCCGCCCUACGGCAGCUGCGUGCUCGUCGCGCCCGAAGCCGGCAGCAUCACUGUGAGCAUUGCCAAGAUCAUGCGCGACACCCGCGGGAACGAGAUCCAACUGAAGCGUAUGCGACAGAGUUUGCUCCCAUUUGCGAUUGCUAGCUAGUUCAUCUCAUCGCCUGCAAAUACAGGCGGCCUUCAUCGAUCUGCUACUCUACAUGAUCGAUGCAAGAUUGUUAGUAUUAAUCUAUAUAGAUAUAGACUAUAUAUAGUACUUCCUCCGAUCCACAGUAAGUGUGUCAGACUUAGUAUAAUUUUGUACUAAGUUCGUACAAAAUCCGAGACGCUUAUUAUGGAUCGGAGGGAGUGUUAGUAGAAGAAAAUAAAGCUCAGGGUGACUUGCUUUACUGACUAGCCAAAUAUGUAGUCUUAUGUGGAAUUAGUUUGAGGGAUGAACAUGAACAACUUGUCCUGGCACUCCAUGGAUGAGUGGUCUAGUGAAGUUUGUCAUGGUAAUAGUUUCUACAGCUUACCAUGAAAACACAGUUGUUUUCUUUCUAGGACACCUCCAAAGGGGCACAGAGUUCCUGUAUUUCAUAAUAGAGGAAGAGCAUUGUCCAGUUAAUUAUGAAGAAUCAUAUAUAAGCAGGGUCUCGCUUGCAUCCUGAAA